AAAUCACCUCUGCACCAUUGCUGAUUUUUCUAUAUUCAGAUUUACAUGCAGAUACACUUCUGUGUUAUAUGUAGUUCUGCUAGCAAAAAAGUUAAAUGGAGUGGCUAGUAAUCAUCGUUACAGUGGUUGUGCUGUGGGUGGCUUCACUCUUUAAAAUUCUUCACGAAUCUCUCUCUGCCUCACAAGUUGAAGUUUUGAAUGAUGUUUCAGGUGGGGUUUUUUGCAAGAGAAACGUGUUGUUGGUUAUUGCCCAUCCCGAUGAUGAGUCUAUGUUCUUCACUCCAACUAUUAAUUAUUUGUCUUCAAGAGGAUGUAAUUUGCACAUAUUAUGCAUGUCAACAGGCAACGCUGAUGGUAUAGGCAAUGUCAGGAAAGAAGAACUUUAUUUAGCCUCGAUUGUGCUUAAGGUUCCACAAAAGCAAGUGAAAGUCCUUGACCAUCCAGAUCUACAGGAUGGUUUUGGCAAAUCAUGGAACUCUAAGUUACUGUCAAAGAUUAUCAAGGAGGAAAUUGUCAAUUGUGCAAUUGAUUUGGUCAUAACUUUUGAUAAUUAUGGAGUCUCAGGUCACUGUAACCAUCAAGAUGUUCAUCAAGGUGUACGAAAACUAUUGCAAGAUACUUCACAUAAAGAAGUUGAGGCCUGGGAGCUUGUUAGCACUAGCAUAUUGCGUAAGUACAGUGGACCAGUUGACAUAUGGUUGUCCCUCCUAACUGCCAAGUUCCAUUUAAGUGGAGUGGCACAUUGCUUUCUAAACGAACAUCCCAGAAGGAGCUUAGCUGCAAUGGCUCAGCACAGGAGUCAGUGGGUUUGGUUUCGAAAGAUAUUUGUUUCUUUCUCAAGUUACACAUACAUUAACUGCGUUAGGAAGAUCAACUAGAUACAUGUUAGAGUUGUUGGUUCAAGAAGACACUUGAAAGGAAGAUCAACUAGACGUUGGUUUGGUUCAACAACACUUGAAAUGGCAAUGGUAAGUAAACCUGCCUAGUUUUCGAUCAUCUAAGUCUCUCUUGUGAGCUUUUCUUUGAAUAACUUCCGAUUGAUUAAAAAUUGGAGAAGUGUUUGAAUGUUUUUUUUGUGGUUGUAGAAUGGUUGGAACUAUUUCACUUAAUUAAAUUGAGUAUAAAUGUUUUGAGCUCUUUUUUUUUAUAUUUAUUUUAUUUGUAAGUAAUAAAUGCCUAGUGCUUUUGAUGAAUAAUUUGGUUUUGAUGCUAUGCAAAUCAAUUGGUUUUUCUUUUUA